CUAAGUUCCGCCCCCUGCGCUCCAGACGGCGCGAAAACCCAAUUGACAAGAACUCCCUCCGAAGCCCGCGGGUCGGAUCUGCGUUCGGCCUGCUUUCUCCGCCGGGGCCCCACUCCCGAACUCUCAGCCUGAAGUGCCUGCCUUGGGGACAACCCGCGCUCACCGGCCGCGCCCUAGGGUUCCCUCUGCCCGCGCUUUCUCACUGCGUCUUCCCGCGUUCGACUCGCUUGACCUGGGCCCAGCCUCCACGGACCGCUCCGGGCGGGUGGGCGCCGGGAGUCCGAGACAAACUCGGCGGCCCAGCUCCUCGUUCCCGCGGGAGCCGGCCGCCUUCAUGGCUUCCAGGCAUGCGGGGCCGGGCUGUACAAGGUCCUAGGAGCCGGGAUUCCGGGCAGCAGGGAGAUGGUGGGGGUCCUCGCUAUGGCGGCGGCAGCUGCUCCCCCUCCGGUGAAGGACUACGAGAUUGAGGUGUGCAAAAAGCGAAGGAAAGAUGAUGACAGAUCUUGCGAAACAAUUACAAAGUAUUUAUCACCAAUAGGGAAGACUGGAGACAGAGUUUUCUCUCCACCAAAAUCCAAUAAUAUUCUGGAUUAUUUUAGAAAGACUUCACCCAUAAAUGAGAAGACUCAAUCAACACAAGAGUACAAGAUAAAAUCAUCUGCACCAUUGCCUGCUGACAGCAGCAAAGACUCUAAAAUACCUUUGGAAAUGUUCUCAAAUAUAGGGUUUAAGAAGAGAGGAAAGAGAGUUAAUUUGUCUCAUCAAUUAAAUAACAUUAAAACUGAAAAUGAAUGUCCAAUUCAAAUUAAUAGUAAUGAUAGCAAAGAAGACUCUAGUUUAAAUAAUGAUUUUGUGGAAAGUAGCACUUCUGUUUCACUGUACAAGAAACACGUAGAAGUACUUGCAGAAAGUACUCAAGAUAUCAAAAACCAAUCAAGCACUACGACCACCAAAAAAAGUUCCAAGAAAGUAAAUCCUAAACAAAGGACCACAAAAAAUGAUUGUAAAAAAUUGAGAAAAAGGAAGUGCCGAGAUAUAAUAGAUCUAUCUGAAAGUUCACCCUUGGCAGAGGAACUAAUUCUCCUUAAAAAAGAUGUUAAAGAUACUAAGCAGAUAAUGCCUUCCCCAAUUAAUGAAAUUGAGAAUACUGCAAAUGAUGCAAACUCUAGCAAUAAUAUGACAAAAAUAGCCCAGUUAAAUGAUGGUACAAUAACUGUCUCAUAUGAGGAAUUUUUAAAAAGUCACAAGGAAAAUAAACUGGAACAGAUAUCAGACUCUAAAAUGUCCAUUUGCAUUCCUUCUGAAACUGUUGAAGAUAGAGUCAAAGGUGGUUGUAUAAGUGCUAUAGAAACCUGUGAAAUUUCCCAACAAGUCCUCUCUAGGACAGUUACUGUUCUUGCACAAGUUCACUCUGUUCCCCCCAAAAAGACAGGAAAAAUAGCCUCAAUUUUCUUGAAACAAAAGCAGUUGGAACUGGAAAAUAGUCUAUCUGACCCUGAGAAUGAACAGACAAUUCAGAAAAGAAAAUCUAAUGUUGUUAUACAGGAGGAAGAAUUAGAAUUGGCCGUUUUGGAAGCUGGAACUUCUGAAAGUGUGAAACCAAAAUGCACUCUAGAAGAAAGACAGCAGUUUAUGAAAGCAUUUAGACAGCCAGCAACAGAUGCACUUAAAAAUGGAGUCAAAAAGCCUUUUGAUAAGCAGAAAGAGCUCAGUGAAAAAGCUUUAAACGAGGAAGGAAGAGACAAUAAUUCUAAAAAAAUAAUAGAAAAUUCCAAUAUCCAAAUGAUUUCAAAUAAUGGCAGUUCACAGCCACACACCGAUAAAGGAAGUUUUCCUAAGGAGAAAAGUAAAAAACUGAAGAAAAAAGAUAAGGAAAUAUUGGAUACUGGUGCUGCUCCAGGCGAAAAUAGAGAGGGAAAUACUCAAAAGAAAAAAACUUUUUCCUUUACAGAUAAACAAAAUAAAAAUAGGUUUAGAAUGAGUUUAAGACAAAAAACCUCAGAAGUUUAUCAAAACAGACUAUUAUUUAACAGUAAAAGUCUUAUUUGUGAAGAUACAGCAAAUGAUGACCCUCUGAAGAUUUCCUCUCUGUAUAACAAAUCUUCAAGAAAAACUAGCACACCAGUUAAGUAUAAGGUUAUACAUUCUGAAGCUGAUACUGAAGACAACUUGGUAAAUGUUUCUACUCCCAAAUCAACCAGAAGAUCUGCAAGAAGUAGCAGCAUGCCUACUACAAUAAUCACUAGAGGUACAGAUUCUGGAGAUGCACCAAAUGAUAGUCCAGUAAAGGCUUCCACUCCAAAAGCAGCCAACUUAGCAGAAAAGCAUAGCUUAUAUACAGCGGAAUUAAUAAUAGUAUCCUCUGAUUCAGAGAGCCCUAUUAGAAUGAAAUUCACCAGAAUUAGCAGUCCCAAAAAAUCUAAGAGGAAAUCUAAGAAAAGAUCCAAGAAAUCUGAAGCAACUGAUGGAGAUUUUACCUCUCAAACUAGAAAGGCAAUCAAUACUUCAAAAAAUGUAUCAAAAGCAAAACAAUUGAUUGAAAAAGCAAAAGCUUUACACAUCAGCAGGUCAAAAGCUGCUGAAGAAAUAGCAACACCUUUAAGGCGUUCAUCAAGACAUCAUACUCUUCCUGAAAGAAAGAAAAUGUCAGACACAGAGGACUCUGUAAUAAUAAUAGAUUCAAGUCCUACUUCUUUAAAGCAUCCUGAGACAAAUCAGAAGAAGCUUCAGUGUCUAAAUGAUGUACUAGGAAAAAAACCUAACAAGACUCCUAAAAAUGUACCUGGGAAAAUGAAAGUCGCUCCUUUAUUUCUUACCAGAAAGGCUCAUAAAACAGCUGAUCCUAUCCUUGGUUUUGAUGAAAGCAGUCAAGAUACAUCUGAAAGAUUUCAGGAUUGUGAUGUGCAAGCUAAAGCAAAGCGUGACUUCCUAAUGAGUGGUCUGCCAGAUUUGUUGAAACGACAAAUUGCAAAGAAAGCUGCUGCGUUAGAUAUGUACAAUGCAAUGAGUACCAAUUUCCAGAGAGUUAUUCAUGUACAACAAAAAGAUGAUGGGUGCCAUUUGUGGCAUUUGAAACCACCUACUUGUCCUCUCUUACUUAAACUUAAAGAACUGAAUACUAAAGUAAUAGAUCUCUCGAAAUGUGUUAUUGCUCUUGGUGAAUUUUCAACAUUGAAUUCAAAUUUGAAAAGUAAUAAUUCAGCUAUUGGGUUUAUGGGGAAAAGGAAAGAUUUUACUGAAGAAGUAAGAAACCUUUUGCUGGAGGAAAUUAAGUGGUCAAAUCCUGAAUUUUCUUUGAAGAAAUAUUUUCCUUUGUUUCUAAAAAAACGAACUGAGCAACAAGUACCCUCUGAAUGUCAUCAUAAACAAGAAAGUCCACAACUAGAGCCUGAUGUCAGUCAAAAAGAAACCAAAAGGAAACGAGUGGAAACUGAAAAUCAUAAGUCAAAAAGAAAGAAACCAAAUGAGUAUUCAGAAAGUUCAAAAAAGAUAAAUGGAAAACCAAAAGAACUUGACAAAAGAAACAACUCCACUGAAAUAAAGCUAGAUUCUUCCAGAGGUCUAUAUUUUAAAACAUCCAGGAAGAAACAAACUGCUUUGAGGACAACAUGUAAAGUGGAAACAGAAAAAGUAGAAGAUUCUGAUACUCUGAUAAUAGAUGAUGACAAAGAGUCUGUAUCAGAAAUAUCUUCUGUUCUUGAUUCUGGAACUGAAGACAUGCUUUGGACUGAAAAGUAUCAACCUCAGAACUCCAAUGAACUCAUAGGCAAUGAACUAGCUAUAAAAAAGUUACAUAGUUGGUUGAAAGACUGGAAAAGAAGAGCUGAAUGGGAAGAAAGACAAAAUUUGAAGGGAAAAAGAGAUGAGAAGCAAGAAGAUCUGUCAGAGAGAAUAGACUUCAAAGGCAGUUCAGAUGAAGAAGAGAAUCGUCUUUGCAAUACUGUUCUUAUAACAGGGCCAACGGGAGUGGGGAAAACUGCUGCGGUCUAUGCUUGUGCUCAGGAGCUUGGAUUUAAGAUAUUUGAAGUGAAUGCCUCUUCUCAGCGCAGUGGAAGACAAAUUCUGUCUCAACUGAAGGAAGCCACUCAGUCCCAUCAAGUAGACAAGCAAGGUGUAAACUCACAAAAACCUUGUUUUUUUAAUAGCUACAACAUAGGCAAGUCACCAAAAAAAUUAAGUUCCCCAAGGAAAGUUGUUACAUCACCAAGGAAACUUCCUCCACCAUUACCACAAAGUAAUGGAUCAAAGCGAGCACUUCCACCUAAAACUUUGGCAAAUUAUUUUAAAGUGUCUUCCAAGCCAAAAAAUAAUGAAGAACUAGGAGAACUUCUGGAAAACAAUAAAGGAAUCAAAAAUUUUUUUGAACAGAAACAAAUUAUUCAGACUAAAUCUACAAACACAACUAAUUCAAAUGUCAAAGAAUAUGGAGCUGAGGAACCCAACAGGAAAAAUGCAACAUCUCUCAUUCUUUUUGAGGAGGUUGAUGUCAUUUUUGAGGAAGAUGCUGGGUUUUUGAAUGCAAUCAAAACAUUCAUGGCAACAACUAAAAGACCUGUAAUUCUUACUACAAGUGAUCCAACAUUUAGUUUAAUGUUCGAUGGCUGCUUUGAAGAAAUUAAUUUCAAUACUCCUUCGCUGCUAAAUGUUGCCAGCUACCUACAGAUGAUCUGCUUAACUGAGAAUUUUAGAACUGAUGUAAAAGACUUUGUAACAUUGUUAACUGCAAAUACUUGUGAUAUCAGGAAAAGUAUCCUUUACUUACAAUUCUGGAUUAGAAGUGGAGGUGGAUUUUUAGAAGAAAGGCCAUUAUCCUUUUGUCGAGGAAGCAGAAAUGUGCAACUUGUUUGCUCUGAAGAUGGCUCUGAUUCUAAAAAUAACCCUAAAAAUACUAAGAGGACUCCUGUAGACCUUCCCAAAUGUGACACUGGCUGCGUUGAGACCUCGUUUGGCCUUACGAACAUUUUCUCCCCAUCUGAAGACCUGUUUUCAUUUUUGAAGCACAAAACCAGAACAAAGGAAGAAUGGCAUAAACUCAUCCAGCUUCUUACAGAAUUCCAAAUGCGGAAUGUAGAUUUCUUAUAUAGUAAUCUUGAGUUCAUUCUACCAUUACCUGUUAUCAUUUCAGAAACAGAAAACCUUUGUGGUUCAUCAGUAAGUGUGGACACCAGUGCAGCAACAAAAAAUAUGAAAUGUCUUGCUAGGAAACAUUCUGGAGAGAAGCCAUUUAAAAAGUCACAAAAAAAGAAACAUAAGAAAAAGAUGGUAAUUCUAGAUGAUAGUGACUUAUUUGACACCGGAUUGGACUUUUCUGCAUCAUCUUCAAAUUCAGAAGAAAGCAAAACCAAAGAAAGCAAUCCAGAGACAAAGAAACUGAACAAAUGUUUAGAGUCUAACAUUGAAUCUAUUCCUUGUCCUCCUAAAACACCAGCAGAAAAAAAAUGUUCUGCCCUUAUUUCUCACUGUUUAAAUUCUCUCACUGAGUUCAUGGAUAACAUGUCCUUCUUAGAUGCCCUUUUAACUGAUGUAAGGGAACAGAAGGAACUUGGUAAAAAUGACUUUAGUUGGACAAAUGGAAAGGUUAAAAGUGGACUUUGUGAUGAGUUCAGUCUUGAGAACAGUGAUGGAUGGACUUCUCAAAGCUCUGGAGAAUUAAAGGCAGCUGUAGAGGCUCUCAGCUUUACUAAGUGUUCUUCUACUAUUUCCAAAGCAUUGGAAACCUUGAAUUCUUGCAAGAAAUUAGGCAGAGAUCCAACGAAAGACCUUACUUUUAAUGUUUCACAAAAGCGCAACAAUGUAUACUUUAGUCAGUCAGUGGCUAAUUUAGACUGUUCUUGGAAGAGGGUAGCAGUCAUUAAAAGCGUAUUUUCUAGUCGAUCUCUUCUGAACCUGGGUAAUAGACAAGCUAGCAUAAUUGAAUAUUUGCCAACUCUUCGAAACAUUUGUAGGACCGAGAAGCUAAAAGAACAAGGAAAAAGUAAAAGAAGGUUCCUGCAUUAUCUUGAAGGAAUUCACCUUAACAUGUCAAAAGAGGUUGUGAACACUUUGGCAGCUGGCUUCCCUUAAUAUUCUACAUUACCAAUGCCUUGUACAGAUUGUGAUGUGGUCCCUAAGAUACAUUUUUAUAUUGAUUUUCAUGUAAGAGUUUCUCUUAAUGUACAUUUAAAACAGACUGUAUAUUUUUUAUUAGUGUGCAAAUAUUUAAAAUGAAAAAAAUUGUGUUACAAAUUGUAUUUAUGAUGUGGUAGGUUUUUUUUCUGAAUUUUUUGUAUUAUCUGAUUUAGCUUUGUUGGAGUAUUUUUGUGAGUGAGCUGUUUCUAGGAGGUAGAAUUCACCAAGAUAGUUCUAAAGAUGUUUCAGUGUUACACUAAUAAAUAAUUUUCCCCUUUCCUGGGACCUUUUAAUCCACCUAUCUCCAACCAAGUGUCAGUACUCUCAAGUUAAUAUGAAUCUCCUAGGUGAUAACCUUUUUAAUGUUUACACAGUCCAGAAUAACAGAAUUACAUAUAUAAUUCAUAAGAAAACUUCCUGAGAAAUCAUGCUUCAUUUUUUAAAAAGAUCUUCCUGAUAAAUUUUAGCAUGCUCCAACAUAUUUUACCAUUGAAUCAUUAAAUGUUGACUGUGAAAUCAAGAUUACGAAUUGUAGUUUUCAUGUUUUUUACCAACAAGAUAUGUGAUAUCUUGUAUAUUUUGCCAACUUAAAUCACUUGCCUUGUACAUUUUUCUUGUAUUUUUAUAUCAUUGAUGUUUUAUUUCGUAAAGAUAUUAAUGAUGUUAAUAUAUCUUUGGAUAAACUGCUAUUCAUUAAAACCAUAACAAAGGAUUCCACUGAAGGAGAUUAUAUAUAAUAGCCAUUUUCAUUUAAUGUUUUUGGAGAAAGUAUGUAUUUUUAACUAUAAGGUUGUAAAGUACCACAUUUCACUUACAAUAAUUUUUGCAGUUACAUAAUCAGGUGUACCUGAAAAUAGUUUUCUAUUUCAGGUGUUUAUAUUAGCUUAAUAUUGUUAAAUUAUCUGGUAAAUUACAUUUUCACCUCAAAAAGAUCCUGAUUUUGUACUGCUGAAAAAUAUAGAUGAUACCUGCUUAAAAUGUA